GUCACACAUAGAUCCCUGUAUUUCCAUGCCUCGGAGGCUCGGAAGAAAGAAGGGGAAGGCAAGAAAGAAGGGGAAGGGAGAAGGAAGAGGCACACGGCCCAGAUCGCCUCCACAGAAGAAAAUCCGGCGCGCGAGCCCGUAGCCGUACGCACCCACGCACGGCGGGCCGACGGGGUACCCUCCAAGCGGUCCUCGAGGGCGCCUGGCGAACCCGUCCGGCGGCGCCCUUCCCCGGUCGUUUCUGGCCCCUCUCCCGUUCUUCUCCACCAUCUCCAUGGCCGCGGGGAGCGGGCCGUGCUUGCUCGCCGUGGCGCUUCUCGCCGCCGCUUGGAUCUCCGACGCUUCGUCAUCGAAUGGGCAGGCACACGGCAGCCAGCAAUAUGUCAAUUGCAUGCCUUGCUCUAGGACAUACGUUGCUGAUGCACAUGUGGGUUCCUUGGCGAGACAGCUUUCUCAACAUCGUGACUUGACCGAAGUACCUGAUACCGCUGACUUGUGUAAAGGACUUGCUGAUGAACUUGAUGUGCCUGCGCUUUCAGAAGUGCAUCGUCAGCUGGUGGGUGAAGGUUCCCACCGCCGCUUAAUCUAUUCUGUUAAAUUUGGUAACUCCAAAGAUGGUAUGGUACAAUUCCUUGAUGGUUACGAUGCCAGUCUGGUGUUAAUUGAAAAGCUCCCAAGAGGUGUAUUCGCCGACCCAUUUGAGCUGCAGCACUUUGUUGAGCGGAAAGUUUUUCUUGAUGUUGCUGUUUUUGGAGACACAAACCUUGAACUGCCCUCUGCCCUGUCCAACUGGUCAGCUGUUGAGAUUCAUUUUGAUCUCAAGCCAAGCACAUCAAUGGGCUAUAACCUUGUAAUAGAGCUUCCUCUCCAUGCUAGAUAUCCACCUCUUGAUGCCAGCGAUUAUGCAACGGUUGAGUUUGGCAGCCCAGACCUGCUCCUACGUUACAGGAGAAAGGAAACCCAUCCUGAUUCCUGUGUGUGUGUCCUCCAGAAUCUCGACGCCACGCCCGUGGAGAAAGCCGCAUGGCGCAUACCCUGUGGCGACAAAGCGCACACAGGAUUUGUAUCUAGCCUCACUUUCAUUUCGGCUCUGGUUUGCUCCAUGUCCAUAGUCCUAGCAGCUUCCCUGACUCCUUGAUGCAAGUACUGGAAACGGAGGACAUGAUGCAUUGGUAUGGUCGACAGAAUGUGACUUUUUGUCGCAAGGCUUAUACGCACAAUUUCGCGCACACUUUUGCGUGUCAUUUGCAAAAAAAAGGAGCUGAUCCGGAUCCGAAGCUACAUUGUUCUAUUAUAUCAUCAUCUUUGAGGAAGCCGAGUACAAGCAGGGGAAAAGAGCAUCAGUUGCAUGCUUGAUGCGAACCUCUCCUGUUGUCACUGCACGCUUAACUGACUGGCAGAAGAAGGGGAUCAUCCAAGAAGAAGAAAAAAAGAGGGAGGUGUUCCAUGGCCUCUGUCUGACAUAAUGGAUCCGCUGGACGUCUCCGCACUUCACCUGAUCACCUCCCUUAUUUUACCUGUUCAAACUGCAGAGGGCUUUUCUUCUUAUUAUCAUUAUAAAGGGAAUUCUAUGAUUUUUGUCCAAGCGAUUUUCCGAUAGAGAUAGUUUGAUUUUUAGCAUUUCGCCUACCGGCCAUUUUUCACCUAAUUCCACUUUUUUUUUAAAAGAAGUUCCAUGGAUUGUAAUCUUCAGCCAAAGAAGAAAAAUAAACAGGUGAUUUCCUAUAUUGUUUCUUUGGUGCAAUCAAUUGCACCUUACAUCA